AUGAUUUUUAUAUUAUUUAUUAUUGAAGUCUACUCUUUGCAAUUUUAAUCCUUGUAUAGAAUUUGAAUAUUUAGUGUACAUAUAAUUCCUCAUCCAGAUAAAGUAGCAAAAGGAGGAGAAGAUGCCUAUUAUGCUAAUGAAAAUUUAUUAGCUGUAGCAGAUGGUGUGGGAGGUUGGAAUAAUCAUGGAGUUGAUCCAUCUAAAUAUUCAAAAACACUUUGUGAAAAGUAUAGAUUAAGUUUAAUAUAAGCAUUAAAGAAUAUUCUCAUUUAGAGAAUCCAAAAUAAAUUAUGCAGAUUGCUUCAGAAUUAACUAAUCAUAUUUUAGGAAGCAGUACAUUGGUUAUUAUGAAGUUAAUUGAUAAUGUUCUAAAAGUAGCUAAUAUUGGAGACUGUGGAUAUACAAUAAUAAGAAAUCAAGAAAUAUUACAUUAAUCAGAAGAGUAAUAACAUUCAUUUAAUUUCCCUUUUUAAUUGGGAUCAUAGGGAGAUAGUGCAUAAUUAGCCUAAGAAUUUGAACAUGUUUUAUAAAUAAAUGAUAUUCUAAUAGUAGGUUCAGAUGGAUUAUAUGAUAAUCUUGAUCAGAAUUAAAUCUUGAAUCUAAUCAAUGAAUAUGGAGUUAGUUAAAAAUCCGCUUAACUAUUGGCAAAAACAUCUUUCUAAUAUUCCUUAGAUAAAACAUAUAAUUCUCCUUUUGCUUAAAGAGCUCAAAAAUCAAGAAUUAGAUUUAUUGGAGGUAAAAGUGAUGAUAUUACAGUAAUUGUUGCAAGAAUCAUCAAUAAUAAUGAAUUAUGA